AUGCCUGGAAGCAAUGGAAAGAAUGCCCACCUUGAAGGGCUCCCGCCACACUACCCACUCGAUAGCCACAGCAAGAGUGGGUAUGUCAGGGCAGAUCAGGUGAUCCUGCCGUCGUUCCUCAGUGCGCCUCUGCAGAGUGGUGUAAUGAACAGCAGCAACGCGACGUUGGUGACGGUACCCGCACUGGGUGGUGAGUCCGUUAGUAAUGGACUGCAGCAGCAGCAGCAGCAGCAACAACAAGAACAAGCGCCGCCGCUGCAGCAGCGGUGGGGAUCUGAGGGCGCCCGCAGCGACUUUGGUAUUUCUCAGCGUGCUGUAGGUCCUGCACCGACGUCUGUAUCGUCCUCGUCGUUGGUGAGCUCGGGGAUUAGCAUCCAUGCGAAGCCGUACUACUACAGGAGCGGUCGGAAUAGUGGUGGUGGGCUCGUCACAUCAUCGCGACACCAACAGCACCGCGAGCACAACUGGCGGCAGCAAGCGGAUCCGUUUGAUGGCGCCAGCACCAUGACGCCCACCAGCGCAAACUACGCCAAAAAAAAUAAUAGCACUAGCAAUAAUUACAGUAACCAUAAUGACAGUGGGCGUAAUGCGUCGAUUAAAUUCACGACGUGGCGCGCGUCUGGUGGCAUCGCCCCCGGCAAUGGCACGGGAUCUGCGACGAGCCCUGGUGGCGGUGAGCCGGUUGGGCGCGCCGAGGGCGGUAGCGGCGGUGCGUCUGCUCUCCCGUCGCAGCCGCUGCUGGGGGCGGGCAACGACAAUGCGGCGGCGGCG